GCCAGAAACAAAUUCCAAAUCGGCACCGAAUCCAAAACCAUGGAUAAUUCUCUUUAUUUAACAGGAUGCUCAAAUUUCCCAAAUGAUUGUGGUCCACUAUCAGCUGACAUAGAGAUUGAAGGAGUUGGCAUUUAUAUCUCCUUCCUUGCCACGGCGCUUUUGACACUCUCGGCAGCAGUUAUACGUCUCCCAUGCCAACUUGCCCUUCAUUCUUACGAAUAUGCCGAACAUGCAAGACCGGAAUAUCACGAUUUUGAUCAUCAAUCAAACAAAGGUACAGCAGCGAAUUUGUACCACGCGGCUAAGGAGAAAGUACGAGUUUACCGACGAUGGAUCCUUCUCCGAUACUCAAACAAACCAAAUCUUCCUAGAUACAGGCUUAUAAAUGCGGCCUUGACUCCCCUUAUAAUUUCACUUGCAGAUCAACAGCUAGUGACAAGCUCCGCUGUCAUGAUUGCCGGACUCUACAACUUCCACACAAUCAGCGCCUACCAUUACAACAUCAUUGUAUACCUAGCUUGGUUCUCUAGCUUUACACAUACAGUAGCCUUCGUUUCCAUGGGCGAUCAUUUUUUGCAAAAUCACAUAUUGGCAGGAAUUAGAUUUUGUGGAUACAUUGGUAACUUUAUACUUUUUAUCUUCGCGCAAUCUCGAGCAAGGAGCUUUGGGAAUACAGCUGGUAUGUAUAGAUCCUACAACAGCGAGCAUGUAUCUGGCGAAGCAGCAGCUUGUCUCGCAAGAUGUGCAGCCCAGUUUCCAUACAAAGGCUAUGACCAUCAACUUCGUAUCGCUACCUUAUCAUUCCUUUUCUUCCAAGCAUUUCUCCAGUGCAUUCCACAGUGCAUUCGGAAUGGCUUCAGUCUAUCUAUUUACAGCUGGUGUUUGAGAAUUUUUUGCAUUGCUGAUCGCGAGAGAUUGUGUCUCUGGCUAGCUUACGCCUUUCAGACGGUAAUUGUAUCGUUUUGGGUGAUACCUAUUCCUCCCAUCUUACUCGGACUGGUAUUUGGCGUUAAACGUGCCCUUAUAUUCAGGGAGGUAUCCCGAUAUCCAGGUUUAGAAAUCACCGAAGACUUCAUCGAGCAGCAGAAUGCAUGGACAUUUGGUCAAUUCGUUGCCUGUAUUCUUCUAAUUCUUCCCUUGAUUGCUGCACUUGAAGGUUAUUUGGACGAGCGAGAGAAAAUAUCCGACGAGAACCGAGAAGCCGGUCUUCCAAGCCAUAGUUCUCAAUGGAAGCACCGUCUCAACGCACUAUUGAAAGUAACACAUCUUGGAAAACCACCCACAGCAAAAGACCCAGGACUUCGAAAUCGUAUUUCUACCUGGGCCGAUAAUAAUAGUGUUGAUCAUCCCACCGCUAGAGAUACGGAAAGGCUUGGUGUCAUUGAGAUGGCUCCGCGACAAGAUUCUAGGUUAUCCCAGCUUCGUGAACGUCAAACUUUAUCGCCAACUUCCCCAAGACUAUUCACCAAUGAGUCUGGUGAGCUAGUUUUGCUUCCUCACAUUAAAGAAACUUCCUUGGGGCUAGAUUGUGUUAUAAAUUCGUCAAGAUAAUGUACAUAAAGUUGCCUCUGUUGUGAACAUAAAAUAUCUUAUUGAAGCGACCACUGUUAGUCAAUUGUUCCUAGAAAUGCGGCACGCUAGCUCA